AUGCCGGAGGGGUGAGUACGCUCCGUAUGAGAUGGUGCCCACCGACCAGUGUGCUUGCGUUCUGGACUCUGGGAAAGCCACCCGCAUGACGGAUCACCCCAACACCUCUCUGAGGAGAAUGCUGGUGCCGGAAGACUCGGACUUCCUUCCCUCUGUCAGCCUGGCUGCCGUCCUGGUCCUGGUUUUCAUCUCUGUUCUCCCCAUGUUGUUACAGCCUGAUACAGGCUAUGAGGCGGUCAGAACACUGGCCAGCGUUAGAGGGAAUAUCGCCCAUUUCCGUCCUCUCCUCUACGGCCAGCCAUUGUCCACUCAGCUGACUGUGGAGAGAUUAAACAAGAUUGGGGACCAGGUGGAGGUGAUCACGGUGCUGGCGGUGGCAGAGGAAGACGCCUUUCAGACACUUGUUUGCUUCUCCUCCAAAAUGGUGUCUCUUCUGUCAAAGCAAGGCCAAGUUCAGUCUGUGAUCAAGCAGGUCUGGGGAAACCGUCCCCUCGCGGCUACCUGGAACAACAGCGCUGUAAGACUUUCAAAGUUCUUCUCUGUCGCAGUAAUAACUCAGAGAACAGGACAAAACCCUCACUGCGCGAUUCUGGGUCCUCCAAACCCCGUGACUGGUGAUAUGUGUCUAAUGGAGAUAUCUCUUCCAUCUUCACCAUCAGAAAGAAGUGUGACCAUGCGGCGCGAGUCUCGCACCAUAGCUGACCAGUUACUGCAACAUCUCUACAGAACUGCUCUGGUCCCAGAGUCCUUUGAGAUCAGAGAACCCAGAAGACAACAGCUCGGGGUUAUCCACAUUAAAGGGGACCCCUACCUGGAAAGGGGCAUGGUUGUGUGUUAGAUUGUGACUGGACCUACAGAACUCUACAGGACUUUCAAUGGACAGUUGUUACUUCAGAUCAGAGUCUUCCGUAUUUGCAAUGAACAUGGGAUAAAUUGAGAGCCGCAACGUUUUGCCUCUGCUGCAGGGACAUGCACAGGUAGCGCCUUAAAAAGAAAAUUCUUGUUACUUCCUGGUAUAACAAGCUAGACAUAAUGACACCGAUGAAGAUGGAGAUUGCUGGUCAUUGCAGUACCACGGCAUUAGUAUAAAAUAAUAAUAUUAUGGGGUCUGCCACUGCAGCGUUUUCUGUUGUUGUAGCCCAAAGACCAGAACCAUCCUGGCUUUCCCUUACCAAUUAUUGCCGCUGUAAAUCUGCGGGCUGAAUCACUGGAAUCACGUGGGUUCCGGCAACUCGCAGGCUAUUAAAUAUGGGCCACACACAUGGGCGUAGCCACAACUAUGUGGAACAAUAUUUUGAAUGGGCCCCUGCCCCAAUGGUUCUAGAGACACCUCUCUCCAAGGCGGGUGGCACUUGAUGUCGGGAUACCAGCGUUCAGCAUACUGCCGCCGGAAUCCCGACACCCGGCAUACUGACAACUAUUUUGCCUCUUGGGGUGUCCACGACACCCCUGGAUGGAGAAUAAAUAGCGCGGCGAGCCCACAAGGGGCUCUUUUGUGCUCGCCCCACUGCCGGUAUACCGUAGUACACCCCUCCAAAGCAGCUAAUCAUUUUCUGACCCAUGGUAGUGCCCGGCUAUUUCACAAUAUGCCAAACAGUAUGGCAGCCAGUUCACAUUAUGCCACAGAGUGCCUCCAAUUUAUAUUAUGCCAUACAGCGUCCUUAUUACAUAUCACGUCACACUGUAGUGCCCCCAGUUCCUACUAUUCCACAAAGUAGUGCCCACAGUUCAUACUGUGCCACAUUACAGUGCCCGUUACCUUUAUAAGAUCCACAACACACACCUCGCCCUGAAAAUGUAAUGUCACCCCAUUCAGGUCAUACUCGCCUACUCUCCCGGAAUGGCCAGGAGGCUCAUGAAAAUCUUGUGGCGCUCCCGGAAGAGUAGGCUAGUCUCCUGGCCUGCUGCCAUCUGCCUGCACCCCACCGCAGCCGCACACAACCCUUCCGCAGCCGAAUGGGCCGACGUCGUAAUUCGCGGUGAAUUGCAUCAUCGUGGCCCUGCCCCACAAUGUCUUUAAUCACGCCAUUGUGUAGUGGGGGCGAGUCCGCGAUGAUGCAGUUUUGCAGACACGCCCCUGCUCUGCCCCUACCCGGCAACACCCCACCGCCACUCCCCCAGUAUGCCCCCCCGCUGAGCUGGCUGCCUCCUCCCUGAUGGCUCGCAGUUAUUUGGGGAAGGCUGGAGCUUUCGGUAGACACUGUAAAAGCGUAUUGGCCAUUAAAGUACUACAUCAAUGACACCACACCUAUGAGUAGCCGCACCUAAUACUACACAAUGCCAUUUAAGGAAUUAAAUUGAUUUCCAAAUACAAACAUAGAAGGAAACAAUAUGAUUCUCUGUGCAAAAUAAGCUAUGAUUUACUAAGGUGACAAAUGCUGAAAUAAUCCGUCCUCCUAAAGCCGCGUUACCAGCGAGGCAUAGCAAGGUGAGAGAGGCCAUAUUGUCCUUUGCGGCAGCUUCUCAUUGGUCCCUCUCACUUACAUCACCUCCAGUCACAGUCCAGUCUCCAGGUCAUGUAUGACGCUUAGUGAGGACCAAUGUCUGACCAGCCACAAUUCCAGGUGGGGAGCAAAAAUAUUCAGCGAUUUAGGGGGUAACAAAGCUUUGAGAAAUAUUUGGCUGUGUGAGGUGAACGUGCGUCUGUUACUUCCCCCCCAUGGCUCUCAUUUAGGAAGCGCACUGUAUAACGCCUUGAUCUGUAUGAUUGCGCCUGUAUGGUCCGCACAGUACACAUCAAAAUCUAGGCGCACUUGCAGAAAUCGGCUUGCCUGGCAUUACUGAGUAUUUGCUCUGCACCCUUGCGCUUUGUGAAUGGGGCCCAUUGGAGGCAGCCACUUUGUGAGUUUAACCCGUUUAUCUGAGCUAUUCACCUUAGGCCUGAUACAGAGUUGAACGUAAGUUGUCAGUAAUUGGUAUUACAUUGCUGGCAGGUGUCUAAUUGCAAAUAUUCGCCCUAACGCAGAGCUGUAUGCAUCCCUGCGGCCGGACUGACCAAAUAUUUUGUCCUCUGUGCGGCCCGCAGUUCCACGGACGCGCCCUCUAUGACUCUGACAACGCCAGAGACCAGUUUUGCACCAGCGGUCGUAAAUACAGAUGUGCUUAAAAUGCGUACAGCUGUGCAUCACUAGCACCUGCGCACACUUGUUCAGGGGCAUGUGCUAAGCACGCAAGAUAAACUCUGCAAAUGUCCCCACGUAUACAUCACUGUCACUCGCUGCUUUGUAUAAUGUAAAUAUGAAUGUACACAAGAGGAAUACGCCUGUUACUGUCUCCACAGGGAACUGAUGCUCCAACUAAACAGA